ACAGGUCGAAAGUCUCAUGAUAACCGUGUUUAGUCCAGUCUAAUGAGUCUUUCAGUUCGGGUCUGGCGCUCCGUUUCGCCUCUUUAAUCCUCUUCUUACUCUUAUGGUUCAUUCCUCCUCCUGGCUUUUAAAAGAGUGUUGUCGCUGCUCAGCUAGCUAUCGAGCUAACCUGGAGCUACCACAGAGACGCAUUCACUAGCCUGCACCGGGCUAGCUACGCUGCUCGGACAGCCUCGCUUUAUUUAUUUGCUUAAGAUAAUAAGCCCAAAAUAGGCGGGUAAUGUGUAGAACCCGUCCUCAGAUCUUUACCAACAAAUGUGAGAUCACUUUUAAAAUCUGCCUCGACGGUACAGUUUCGUUAACAGACAACAAGAGAAGCUAACUGGCUGGCAGGGGGACACAAUGCUUGUGCAAUUGAUUGACAGCUACAGCGCCCGCCUCUGUUGCUGGAAUACAAAGCCGAUUGGCCACAGCGCCCUCAAAGGCAAAUCGUUGAUUGGAUGUAAUGUAGCAGAAGCCUUCCCGCCGGGCAUUUACGUAGAUUUGAUUGGCUGUUAAGGCGUUGUGUUUGGGUCGAUGCGGAAAUAGACGUACGCGUUCUGCUAGUGAUAUAAUAUCAAUAAAAAAUGUCGAUAAAGUUUUUUAAUGUGAAUUUCUCAUUAAAAUCAUAGCGGGCGAUUUAAUUAUGUAAUGUCAGACGAUUUUAUUAACCCGCAAAAUGGACGACAGUGGAACCGAAACACCUAGAAUAGCUUACAAAGUUUUCACGUUUGAAGAAAGCAAGAAAGACACAGAGGAGUCACUGUCUGUCUGCAUACCAGAGGUACUCGACCCACACUAUGGCAUGUAUGUGUGGCCUUGUGCGGUGGUGCUGGCACGGUAUCUGUGGGCACGAAGAGAAGAGCUGAGAGACAAGACAGUGCUGGAGAUUGGUGCAGGUGUGAGUCUGCCAGGUGUGGUGGCGGGGAAGUGCGGUGCAAAGGUGAUCCUGUCAGACAACGCUACGACUCCACAGUGCCUGGAGAACUGCAGGCGCAGCUGUGAAGCCAACGGCCUCCGUGACGUGGAGGUGCUGGGACUCACCUGGGGGGAGAUCUCGCCGGAUCUCGUUCUGCUUCCUGAGCUGGACGUCAUCUUGGGGUCGGAUGUUUUCUACGAGCCACAAGAUUUUGAAGAUGUCCUCGUGACUGUUGCUUAUCUUCUAAGAAAGAACCCCAGAGCCCAGUUCUGGACCACAUACCAAGAGAGAAGUGCCGACUGGUCGAUUGAAGCGUUGCUCCACCGGUGGAAGCUGAGUUGUGUUGACGUUGAGCUGGAAAGCUUCGAUACGGAUAAACCUGAGCUGGCUGAAUCAGCUCCGCCGGGCAGCUACAGCGUCCAGAUGAUGAUCAUAACGCUGAAGACGGAGGACGCUGGGCCGUAAUUACAGACUAAAUGUCGGUCAUUGUCAUCGGUGGUUACAGGAGCCACCAAAACUCUCAUCGUAGACGGAAGGUGGAGAAAAUAAAUGAGUGAAUGUUAAACAUGACAUUAAACCUUUCAGCUGCAUGUUGAA